GAAGGCAUAUUUGUUCUACCUCACCGGAUGCCUCUCCUCCCACUGGCUGUAAUAAAGCGGCAACCUGCUGGUUUAUUUUAUUGUUCUGGGUUGAACUUUAAUGCCAACUGAGCUUUUCACCUGUAUACCAUUUUGUGGAACUUCCAAGAUUCUGUUAGGGGCCUCACACGGUCAAGGACAAUGCAGAAGUCACUAGUGGUGGGGUUGGUGGUGCUGUUGCUGGCUGCAGUGGGGAUGUUUGUGGGGGUGUUCUUUGGCGUACAGGGCAAGACCUCCACCACCUCCACCCAGGGCGCCUAUACUCACGCUGCAGUAGCAACAGAUGCAGGGCGGUGUUCAGAAAUCGGCAGGGACAUUCUGCAGAAAGGGGGCUCUGCUGUGGAUGGUGCUAUUGCUGCUUUGCUCUGUGUGGGACUGGUGAACGCCCACAGCAUGGGCAUCGGGGGAGGUCUCUUCUUCACCAUCUACAACGCCAAGACCGGGACAGUUGAAACCAUCAAUGCUCGUGAGACGGCCCCCUCAAAUGCCACUCGGGACAUGUUUGGGAACAGCACAGAGCUUUCUCAGGAAGGAGGGCUGGCCAUCGGUGUCCCUGGAGAGAUCCGAGGUUAUGAGCUGGCUCACCAGCGCCAUGGUAGGCUCCCCUGGCACCAGCUGUUUCUGCCCAGCAUUAAACUGGCACGAGAGGGCUUUCCCAUUGGCAAGGCACUGGCAUCUGCUAUUUACAGCAAACGAAGCACCAUCCGCAAAGACCCGCAUUUAUGUUCUGUGUUCUGUGAUAAAAGUGGUGAAAUCUUAAAGGAAAAUGACACCAUCACCUUCCCAAAACUGGCCAACACUUACCAAGAGAUCGCAAAUAAAGGGCCCGAUGUGUUCUACAAUGGUACCAUCGCAGAGAACCUUAUAAACGACAUCAAGAACGCAGGUGGGAUAAUAACACUGGACGAUUUAUUGAGUUACACGGCCAUACUCGACGAGAACCCUCUGAAGGCAUCGGUGGGGCAGUUCUCCAUGUUUGUGCCCAAUUCUCCCGCUAGUGGACCCAUUCUUGCCCUCAUCUUCCACAUACUCAACGGGUACAACUUCACAGCACACAGCGUGUCCAGUACUGACGAGAAGAUCCUCACCUAUCACCGCAUAGUGGAGACAUUUCGCUUUGCAUACGCCAAGAGGAGCAUUCUGGGAGAUCCGAGAUUUCUUAACAUCACUGAGUUUAUACAGAACAUCACGUCAAAGAGCUAUGCCGACUCUAUUUGGCAGAAGAUCACGGACAACACCACACAGCAGGAGAGCUAUUACGAGCCUGAGUACUUCAUUCCAGAUAAUCACGGGACGUCUCAUGUUUCCGUGGUGGCUGACGAUGGAAGUGCAGUGGCUGUAACCAGCACCAUUAAUCAUUACUUUGGUUCCAUGGUCAUAUCACCUUCCACAGGCAUCCUGCUCAACAACCAGAUGGAUGACUUUAGCUCACCUUACAUCAUCAAUGGCUUUGGGGUAUCCCCCUCACCCAACAACUUCAUCAAGCCCUAUAAGAGACCUAUGUCUUCCAUGUGCCCUGCGAUCCUCUUUGACAAAAACAACAACGUCAAAAUGGUGGUUGGUGCAUCUGGUGGGACACAAAUUACCACGUCAGUAGCUGAGGUCAUCCUGAACACUCUGUUCUUCAACUAUAAUUUGAGACAAGCAGUAGUUGAGCCCAGAUUUCAUAACCAGCUUCGGCCCAACAUGACCGUGGUGGAGCCAGACUUUGAUACGGCUGUACUGGAAGGCCUAGCCAAGAAGAACCAUGUUCUUGAACUGCUGACCUCGACCGGGGCUGUGGUCCAGGCAGUACUGCGGGAGAGGGGCCGUCUGGAAGCACAGUCUGACCCCCGGAAAGGGGGUUACGCUGCAGGUUACUGAGCUCCCCUCCACCCAGUCCCUCUGACCCUCAGACAGAGGCCUGGGCUUCCUCUCGGAUGGAGUACAGCAGAGCAGUGUCAUGCUUCCAGCUUCUGGUCGUGUGUCCUACAUGCUCUGAGCUAAACAACAUGGACUUCUUUUAGCACUGAGUGAUCAAGCUCCUUUCAUUUCCACUAUGUAUGAAAAGUGCUGUAUAAAUAAACGUGCCUUGCCUUUAACUAAAAAAAAAACUACUACUGACAUUUCAGUACUAAUGGCUAAUUCAUUUCAUGACUUACUCCUAG